ACAGUCAAACUGUACGUGUCUCCUUUUUGACAUCUUUUCCUUGUGUUUUAUCACGUUCCGAAUCAAGAGGCAAAUGAAAAGUUCUGAUAUGCAUUAUGGGUCUCCUUAUCCUUCUAUGGAUCCUCUCAAUAUGCUAUAGAAUAACGUCUGGUAUAUCCUGUUGGCCAAUUCUUGCCCCCAGCCAACUCACAAGAACAGGUGUGAUAGUACUCAAUAAUGCUACAUCACUAUACGGGAUGAUAACUCUUGAAAGUGAGGAGAUACCUGAUGGAGGAGUCUUGGAAUUCCUCAUUGAUCGUGAAGAUAGUCAAGGUAACGGUGGAAGAUAUGAGAACCUGGAUGAAGAACAAUAUGACGUACUCUUGAGGAUUGAGUUCACUCCAGAUAAAAUAGUGAUGUCGAACAGUAUAAUAGGGGAGGACUUGGUCGGGGAGCAGGAGUUUCUGCUGAAUCCUAAUCGGACAGAAGGUUCUCCAAUAUUCCUUCAAUUACUGGGAAGUGAGGGCAAAACAAGUAUCAAGAUCUUCGGAAAUGCGCUGGAGGAAAAACUUGAUAGUUAUCAAUUCUCAGAGAACUUUCUUCGUGACAUGAAAUUUCGAAUGAUAUCCAAAACUUUUGAACUGAGUGUUUUAGAUUUCUGCUCGACUUCCUACCCAGAGAUUGUGUGCGAGCCAGAUCUUUACCAAGGGUUAAAUUCGGAUGAAUCUUUGACGUUUCAUCACAGCGAAUGUGUAGAGACAUUGGUCAUUCACCCGGACGAAGAACGGUUAUUGAAGUGUGUUGGCUAUGGAGCUCCCGUCAUGGGAGCAAGUUGGGACUUAGUAGGUAAGUUUGAUUUGGUAGGUACUGAUGCUGAUAUUGAAGUAUCCCAUAAGGGGUGUUAUGCUUUUCAAACAACAAAGAAGCUGGUUAACAGUGGUGCUGAAUCUCUUCAAGGCCAGGUAACGUGUGAAAUUUGGAACAAGCACUUUCUAUUUCCUCAUCGGUACAAGGCAAAGAAAUUUAUCAUCACGUUUGUAAAGAGAAUUACGGAGAAGAACACUACUCCUUCAAAACUAACCACGUCUGAUAAACCAACUAGUUCGAACGCAGAAGAGUUGGUUACAACUGAGGAGGGCAAAGCAACUGAAAAAGUAGAACCAGUCAUCAAGCCAACUGAGGAGAGAAAAGCGACUGAAAAAGUAGAAUCAACCACCAAGCCAGCUCUGACUUCAAAGAUUCAAUCGAUCACAACAAUGGACUCUGAGAACAGUGCAACUACUCGGUCAAGUGAUAAUAAUCCUCUUACAUCUCACAAGAGGAACUCUACCACCAGAAGAAGCAAUAUUACCCUUGCGCCGGCGGAUUUAUCCGUCAACACAAUAGAUAGGAACCCCGGUCUUUACCAACCCUCACCUGUAACAGUCUACAUACUAUCCUUGUUCCUGGUGUCCUGUGUAGUCGGAGUACUAUGCUUUAUGUCCGCUGCUAUCUGCAGAAAGCGUCAAGGAAUCUCACUGAUUCAACUUGAUAAUCUUAUAUCUGAACAGUGCCGCAAAGAUUCUGUGCCUAAGAUAGCUGUCCCCCCAGUUCCUAAGUGCUAUGAAAGACAGAAGACAACAUCCACUGUCAUGUCCUGUUCUGUUGACGAGGAUCCCGCAGUGGAACACAUCUACCAAACCAUUGAUGAAGCCCACGAUCCCGACUAUUGUUAUGCUUGGACUGUUCCUCCAGUGGUUCUGCAGAAAUCUAAAGUGGACGUCCAACUGGUUCUGACGCCUACUUCUAUUUCAAAGAGUAGGUCUGAAGGAUACGGCCUUCAGUCUUCCGGAGAAGGUAAGCACUCGAUCUUCAGCCAAUCCACCUCAGGUGCAUCAGCCUAUCAGCGGACUUAUUCCAACACUGGUAUUUGCUCCUCGGAGGAUCUGUCUCUGUCCGUACCUGCAAUUUGUGUUGAUGACGUUGAGUUUUACGCCGAAUCUGCAACCGGUCCAUAUCGUCCUGGUUCAUGUGCUAGAAGCCGUGCUCAACGACAGUUCAUCAAGUCGGAAUACAUAUCACUUGCAGCAGCAAAAGCUCAACCAGGAAUCUUACAUUUGACCGAAACCGAGGAAAGCAUACAGAUUUCGGUACCAGAAACUCGUUUAGAUGUUGAAACUGUGGUCGAAACGGAGGAUAAUGUUGCAAUUGAUUUUGCAACGAUUGAUGAGUAAUAAGUGUCUUCCGUAGAACUGACCUUGGUCCUUGUUGAUUGAUUUAAAUUAGGACAUAAUGAUUGAUAAUACUCUCAAGAUUUAAUUAUCUAAGGGAGGUUCCAUAUGACUGUCAGAAUUAACUUUAGAUAAAUCUUUGUGUUACAAGAACUGACUCUAUCAGCGAUGUAUCCCCUUUUCGUGUUUGUUUUUGCGUUGUCUUUGUUAUAAAAUAUUUAACUGUUGUAUAAGAGUUGUUCACUAAUAUUCUUGAUUUUUUUCCUUUUUGAAAUUAUUUGUAUUUUCCAUGCCAUGACGUAUUUUAUUUAUUGUUAAGUUUAAGUUAUUAAGACAACUUAAUCUUCUCUCCAACAACACUGUCCUUCUACAGAACUGUAACUCCUGAUCUGAGAGUGUCAACUGAAGCAAUUCCCAUUCCCAAAUCCCACUUUGAGAAGAAAUAUAAUUCUGGUUUUGCCAAGUUUCAUUGACGGAACACUCUCUUGUAUCCCUUGCAUGGGACACAUUUGAUUAGCUUUUCUAAUUAACGUUAGAGGCAGGAUUCCUAUUGUUCUUUUGUUAAAAAAUUAACAUAUCAACCGGACCCGAUAAUAUAUCAUUAUACGUACCAGAUAGUGUCGUCGAUCCUUGUCCUGAUGAACCAUGUUUUCCCUCCAAAGACCAAACCAUGCCUUUUGCGGGGUACAUAUUAUGCUUCAUCCUACUAACUGGUGUGAUUUCAGCAAUCUUUUCAAUAUUCACUGCUGCCUGUAGGAAACGUCAUCAAGAUCUCGCCCUGA